AUGAAAACAUCUAUUGAACAUUUACCUGUUGAAUUAUGGAUCUCAAUUUUUUCUUAUUUGGAAGCACAUGAUCUUCUUCAAGCUUUUACUAAUUUAAAUCAUUAUUUUAAUCAAUUAAUAGCUUCGGAUUAUCUUCUAUUUCAUGUUCGAUUAGGAAAAACUAAUCAUAAUCCAUUAGAAUAUGCUAUUCAUACAUAUUGGUCGAAUUCAAUACUUAAUCGUAUUGUUAGUCUACAACCAAUUAAUCAACAUAAAACUUCUCAUAUACCUGAAUUUCUUCGAUGGCAUUGUACAAAACUUAAUCAAUUAAAAUUUUUAAAAAUGAAAUUACGUGGACGAGAAAUACCAACCAUCUGUAAUAUUCUUCCACAACUUCAUUCUCUUCAUCAUAUUUCUAUCGAAUGUGUACCAAAACAAAUGUUACUUAAAACUAUUCUCGGUGUAGAUACGAUACGUAUUUGUCAAUUGAAUUUUCUACCAGCAGUAACAUCAAUCAUUUAUGAAUCGAGUCAAAUGAGUAAUAUAGAAAAUCUUUAUAUUAAAUAUCGUGAUGAUACAAAUAAUUCUAUUCUUAAUUUUCUUUUAAAUCAUAUGCCAAAAUUAAAAAAAUUGGAAAUUAAUAGUCCAGAAAGUUAUUUUGAUAGUCGUGAUUCACCUUUUGCAAAACCAUUAUUUAUUCUAUUAGAACUUCGAACUAUUAAAAUUCAUUGGUCAUUAAUGUAUUGUGAUCCGAAAUUUUUCGAAAGUUUACAUCAACUUAUGCCAAAUUUACAAUGUUUUUAUCUUGAUAUUAUUUAUAAUUAUUUAACAGAAGAUUUUUUUAAUAAUCUAGUUUGUCAUUGGUGGCCAACUAUUGAAAAAAUACAACAAGCUAAUAUAUUUAUCAAAUGUCGAAGACCUCAAAUAACAAUUGAUAAUAAUAUGCAAAUGAAUGUAGAUAAAUUUCAAUCAACAUUAAUAGCUAUGAAUGAUAAAUACAAUGGAAUUGUUAAAGUUAUAUGGAUGGAAAAAGUUUUUGUAGGAUAUAGAAUUAUUGAAAUUUCUAUUUGUAAAUCUUGA